GACCGCGGCUGGUAUGACCCCUGGCACUCCCGGGGACCGCGCUACGAGGACAUGCCGCUCUACAAGGAGCGCGGCUGCUACAUCUGCCAUCAGGGCGUCCGCCUGCUGGAAGGGGUUCGGCAAGCUCAGUGGCUAACCAAGACGAAGCUGGUGGAAGGCUUACCUCCGCCGGUGCUGAGCAUCAUUGACAACCCGGCUCACCAGCUCGAGGAACACGAGGAGGGCAUAAUGCGUGCGAUCUCACACGCACGGCUCUGGGACACGACAGAAGUUGCUCCCAGGAGAGAACAUUAUUGCCCAGUACUGUUUGAAGACUUGAUACAUGUAUGUCGGUUAAUGUCUGUGAAGUAUCCUUCUCUGGCUAAAAGAAUGUUGUCUAGAAACUACAAGGUGGCAGCUACGUGGGAAAGAGAAUCCAUUCUCCUUCAGGUCCGUGGCCUGAAUGGAAUACUUAUGAACUCUGUGGCCCAAAUACCACCAGUGGCCUCCAAGGAGGAGAUACUGGCCACUGAAGAACAUGUUCUGGAGACCUUCUAUCCCAUCUCUCCUACAAUCGAUCUUCAGGAAGUGAAUGUGUACAAAGAGCUCAACGACACAGGUUUUAGAGAUGGUUAUCCCUACUCUCAUCCUCACACUCUGUUCUUCCUGGAAUCAGCCAACAUUCGUCCUAACAGGUUCAGACCAGAACAACUUCGUGCUAAAAUGCUGAUGUUUGCUUUUGGCAACGCGCUGGCGAAGGCUAAGGUGCUGUACGGGAAUGAUCCCAAGGUUUUGGAGCAGCCAAUAGUGGUGCAAAGCGUUGGCACAGAUGGCCAGCUCUUCCAGUUCAUGGUGUUCCAGUUAAAUACAACAGACCUUGUCUCUAGCGAUGGCAUAAAAAAUCUAGUCUGGAUUGACUCUGAUCAGAAUCUGUAUGAAAAAGCCCAGUGUAUUCCAGAAGUCAAGAAAAGAGUUGUUACGAAGCCCGCUGGAAUAUAUGGCUUUCAGCCAGACACAUUCAAGAAGUUUCUGGCACUGUAUCUGCAUGGAACUGUGUGAAAAUCAGCUCAAAUGGAAAUACUUCGCCAACUGUACCUGCUGCUUCUCUUUGCCAGAACCAUCACAUGAUUAAAGAAAGGUGGAUUAAUUUACUUUCAAAAAUAAAUUAUAUUGUUACUGAAAGUAAAAAGUUUUUUAAAC